AUGAUGAUUAAUCUUCAAAGCUACGACAAGCAUUAUGACGAUCUACUCCUACGACAAGUUUUACGACGAUUUACUUUGGUAAGACCCCCAACAAUGAAAAAAAUACUGCUGCAUGUAGAUGAAGACUAUUAUGUUACCAGAAGCCUGGAGAAUACGAAUUUACUUGAAUGUUGUUGAAGUCGCGGAUUGAAGUUAAUUUAAAUUCACGAGCUGAUGGAAAAGCAAAAUCUAGCAACAGGUUGUUCACAUAAUUCUGUGCCCCUUCAACCCAGAAACUUGCUUGGACAGGAGCACAGAACUUUUUGAACAACCUAAUGAUCAGGAACAAGGGAGCACAUUCAUGAAGAAGAUGCACGAGGUUACGGGGACCGAAAGGCGACGCGACGACACAGCUAAGUACACGAAUGUCAAUUGA